AUGUCCUACUUCUUCUCUACGCCCGUCGAUAUCGACAUUGUGCUGGAAGAUGGAGACGACAGGCAGAUGGUAGACAUGAAGACGGAGAAGAACCGCAGAGAGAAGGCACCUCUUUACAAAGACGGGGAAUCAGUCAAAGGCGCCGUCACCAUACGGCCCAAGGAUGGAAAACGAUUAGAGCAUACUGGAAUCAAGGUCCAGUUCAUUGGCACCAUUGAGAUGUUCUUCGACAGAGGCAAUCACUACGAGUUCCUCUCCCUCGGCCAAGAAUUAGCAGCUCCCGGCGACCUCCAACACCCGCAAACUUUCGAUUUCAAUUUCAAGAACGUGGAGAAGCAAUACGAGUCCUACAGCGGCAUCAAUGUACGGCUCCGGUACUUUAUUCGCGUCACGGUGUCGAGGCGGAUGGCGGAUGUGAUCAGGGAGAAGGAUAUCUGGGUCUACUCGUACCGGAUACCGCCUGAUAUGAACAACUCGAUCAAGAUGGACGUCGGAAUUGAGGAUUGUCUGCAUAUUGAGUUUGAGUAUUCGAAGUCGAAAUACCAUCUCAAGGAUGUUAUUGUUGGACGCAUUUAUUUCCUGCUUGUUAGAUUGAAGAUCAAGCAUAUGGAGUUGUCUAUUAUUAGGCGGGAGACGACGGGUGCGGCGCCGAAUCAGUAUAAUGAGAGUGAAACGUUGGUGCGAUUUGAGAUCAUGGACGGCUCCCCAUCAAGAGGAGAGACAAUUCCAAUCAGACUUUUCCUAGGCGGUUUUGAUCUGACCCCAACAUUCCGGGAAGUCAACAAGAAGUACUCUACUAGAUAUUACCUAAGUCUCGUGCUCAUCGACGAAGAUGCACGAAGGUACUUCAAGCAAUCUGAAAUCGUGCUAUAUCGCCAAGCACCAGAAAUUGCUGCCAAUGCGGGCCAGCAAACACAGAUCGCAGGAGCUCCUCCGCCAGAGAGAGCGCAGAUUCCUCAGGCAUGA